AUGUAUUCUAUGCCCUACCACGCCCCAGAUGAGGCCACCCUCUCCAAAAGCUCCAGCCCCCUGGCCGAUAGCAAGGAAAUUACGGAAGCAACAGGGACAUGCCUUUCCCAUCUGACCUUGCAUCAUCUCUCCCCCCAGGCGGCCUCAACGUGUGGCCAGGACCGACACUGCGCCCAUGGGCUCUUCUGCGAUAAGCACUUCCGGCUGUGCCUUCCCCUGCGCCGGGAGGGGCAGUACUGCCGCCGUGACACCCACUGCGCCAGGAGCCUGAGCUGUAUGUUUGGCAAGUGCCACAGGCCCGUGCUGGAUGGACAGGAGGGUGCCCGCUGCCGCCAGGACAAGGACUGUGGCAUGGCCACCUGCUGCACUCGCCAUCAUGGCGAGCUGCUCUGCAAGAAGAGGCUGGCCUUGGACGAGAGCUGCUUUGUGCCCCAGGGAGGCUUGGCCUUCAGUAUCAACCAGGUCUGCCCCUGCCAGGAGGGGCUGGUGUGCAGGACCGGAGCCGCUGGCCGAGAGAAAGCGUUCGAGUAUUGGCAGGAUAAAAGUAACUGGAGAUGCAUGAAGCCCUUGCUGUAGAGAGGAGGUGACUGUGCAUCCUUCCCUGAGGACAAGAGCUCUGUAUUUAUUCCCUGUAAAUAGCAUGUACAUAGCCCUGCUCUCAAAUAAACAUGUAUGAUCCUUCAGCACUCAGGGGGCUGGCUUUUAUCAGUGGUGGCUCUGAGCCACUAGGUUAAACCACUGAGCUAUAACAUGACCUGAUGCUUCAAAGCACUGGCUGUUCCCUGCAAUAAUGCUCUUGAGUUUUGCACAUCACUGUGUGUGUGUGAUUGCUGUAUUCUCCCAUUGCGUGUGUGUGCACGAGCAUAGCUUUGCUGUACUCUUUGUGUGCAUGUGUGUAUAUAUUGGGGAGACCUCACACUGCUUCCUAUAUCGCCCAUGGCAAUCAGAGCAGUAUUGGAAGCCUGAUAUUUGAUUACCGUU